GUGAACAAAGACGAUGCGAACAAAGGCGACGGUGAUGCAGCGACGGCGCGAUGGUGGGCGAGAUCGGGUUACUUCAUCGCGCGGUCGUCGUAGCCGAGCGCGAGCCGCGUUUGCUUCCUUCUUGGAGCAGAAUCGGGCUCAGACGCAGAGUGGAAAGGAAACUACGCUCGAGACCACACAUCGCGGGAGCCACGGAGCAGACUCGUCUGACGAAGGCUCAACAACCGCCACCAUCGUGUUUGCAGAGGACGCGCCGCGGCGUACGCGUGACAGCGCAAGAACAGGAGCUGCAUCGGGAAGCGACGCCGCACCGCAGUCCUCAAGCAGCGCUUCUAGCGCCGGUGAUAUGUUGUUCGGUUCGUCCGCGGGCACUGUCUCUAGUGGACGAGAUGAAAUGAACGCAGCCGACACGACGUCGUCCCUCGGUGCAAAUGCCGAGAAAGAUGACUCGUCCUGUUGUCCGACCGGAGAAAACAACGAAGUGGCUGUAUUGAGAGGAAAAAUCCCCCCUCCCCAUAUUGAAAAGGUAUGCUUCCCUCGAACAAAAUUUGUGUUGCUGAUUUGUGGCCACAAAUCAGGUUUGUCUUGCAAGAAGACAAGCGCAGAGGCUUCCCUGCCAUUGUGGAACCGAUUUGGCAUGCUGUUGGGUGGCCUAGAGGGCAGCCGGUUGCCAUGCUAAACAACUAGACCCAGACGCCCCUAUCGAGGCGGGGAUAGUACUAUGGCCGCAAUUCCUUACAGCAAGACAGAGCGCAUUUGCGUACGCAACUUCGGCAUCAGCCAUAGUAUCCGCAAAUUCGGCAUCAGAAACUUCGUUUUGAUAUGGGAAGGGGUUUUUUUUUCCUUGAUAGGCUGCGCCGCUUUUUUUGGCCGAGGACGAGGACCCCGUGGAUGGGGAUAUCGUUCCCCAUACGCCACCGCCGGACCACACUUCGAAGCCGGGGGUCACGACGGCGCCCCCGGGGACCAGCGCAGCAGGGUACAUUUCGUCCUCGCUUUCCAUCCGAGCCUGCAGUAGCAGAGACAAGAGCGAGUCCCCCGCGCCCUUGGUUGUCAAGCUCGCCACCGACCUAGGGGUUACGUUUCAGACGGAAAAGGUUUUUGCGUACAAGGGCCAGGAGCACACCUUCAAUACCGGGUCCUUGCGGGGGUCGCGGGUCGCCUCGUUGCAGUUGUCCCACAGUGGCGAUAACGGGCUCUGCCUGGAGAGCGUGAAACUGGACGGAGCAGUAUCCUAUGUGGAAACUCGUCCCCACCCCAUAGUCAAGGCGGGACAUCUGCUAGACAAAUCAAUAGGCUUUGGUUGGUGCGCAUGACAAAUCUGGGCUCGCAGUGUAGUCGUCUUUAGCUAGUGCAGCAGCAACAUCGACGCGGAGCUAGCAAAUAGCAUCCUGAAGAUACGAGCAUCACAAAGGUGGAUCUGAUAGGUCUCCGCAUUUGAAACAUUUUACGCAUGCAGAUUUGCAUCACAGCUCGGGGUUUGGGGGCGUUUUUACACGGGAUAAACGGAGGUGGACUGGUAUCGAACGCAAAAGCAUCGUACUAGUAUAAGAAAAUUGCAUUACAAAUUCGCUCAGCAUUACAAAUGAAACUGGUAAUGCUGUUUUCCCUUAAGAGAGAGAUUUGUCAUGCAUAGCAGCAAUUACUACGAGUACGAUACUUUUGCAGUUCAGAACUGGGACGACGACCGGCAGUCGUACGGGGAAGUAUUUUAUCCUGUGCAAAACAAGUAUCGUAUUCGUACUAAUCGCAACUAUGCAUUACAAAUCUUAAUCUUUUUCUUAUAGGUAAAUCCGCACUACAAAUCUUGUUUCUCAUGCUGAGGAAAUUUGUGUAUGCAUUUUUUACACGACAAGUGCGAUACUUUUGCAAUUCAUAUGAUUUGGUUCGACGCUUGUGUGAGCGGGGAUUACGAUGGCGGGCCGUAUCGAGUGCAAAUUUUUCAGGCUUAUGGUCGGACUCAUUGGAAGACGGAAGACGCCAAUCAAAAAAAGCUGUACCGCAGCAUAUUAGAUGCUUUUUUUGACUAGUGUGUCUUCUAUAAAAAUACUGUUGUAACGCGGAUCGCUUCUGAAUCUGAUUCUAGAUUCUGAAAAGGUAGGCGGCCUCGGCUGCAAGGGUCUGUCUUGCCGUUAGUCUUGCAUCAACUGCAGCAGGUCAAGUAAAGUCUAGCUCCUGUAUAGAGCACAUUGUGAAAAAAUACUACUAUGUGGUCGUCAGUAAUAGGACGCAUCUAUCAGGUAUAGAGUGUCUGUGUUGAAAAAUUUUGGUACAAGUCACGCCGAUGUGAUCCACGACCUGGACGCACUUAGGCUGCAUACCUCCUGCUUCAAUGGCACCGACGGCCGGACUGCAAACUUCUUUUCCGUGCAGAGCAGCGCGCUCGUCGUCUGAGGGGUGUAAGUACUCACACGAAGCAGGCUCGUCGGCGAUUGGUGAUUCAUUUUGAACAACAGAAAGCGGGGCUGACUGGAGACAGACCACUGCUGACAUUAAGGUAGAUAAAUGAUAUACGCAAGCUUGUAGUAAAGGAGGUUUAUAUUGAUUCAUCUUCUCCGCUUCUGUUUUUCCUGACAAAUAAACAGCCAGGCUCUGGCUUCUCCUUCUUUCGGC